AUGUCCGCAACAACCACAAUCCUCCCUCUAACGACGACUUUCAUUGCUCCUCACGAUCUUUGCCUACAGUCUGCCAACGUUGAACUGUCCUUCAAUGGAAUCAGCACCGACACCUUCUAUACACUCGGGCCAACAACGAGUGACUCACGAUGUUUCCCGCCGGGUUAUACUUCGGCCUCGUUUUUCUCACCGGGGCUGUGUCCGAGCGGCUAUUAUUACGCAUUCAACUCAACAGUCAACAUUGGGGACCUGGUUGAGACGCGCGCAUCUUGUUGUCCUCCGAAAUAUAUUGCUAAUCCCACUAAAACGGGGGCGAGAUGCUCAGCGGAUUACUACGGAGGACCUACUGUCAUAGGCACAGUCUAUGCAAAUGCGGUAUCGGUCCGAUGGCAGUCCACCGACUUCAUCACAGCCCCCAGUACUAUAAUAUCCGGAAUAACAGUCCCAACAACAACACCCAAUAUUCAGAAUACAUCUACCAAAUCUGAAGAACUCGCUUCAAAGAGCCAUCCGGUGUUGACCACAGGUGCAAAAGUCGGACUAGGCCUCGGGAUUCCUCUGGGACUAGUCUUUGUUCUUGCUCUAUUCUUUUUCAUCCGACAAAAACGACGCGGAGGUCCCCAAAAAGAUCCUGAUGAAUUCGUUGACGGGACCGAAGAUGAGAAAUUGUCGCCUUUAGAGAUGCCUACAUCGACCUAUUUCACGCCGGAGUUGCCCAGCCUGACAGCUUCCGGUGUAUCCAAGCCAGUGGAGCUAGAGUAG